AGUCAUAAGUUGCAAGACUUGAUCAAAAUGAAACUGUUCGUAUUCCUGGCCUUGGCCGUGGCCGCAGCUACGGCUAUCCCUGCUCCCUCGCAGAAGCUGACCCCGACGCCCAUCAAGGACAUACAGGGUCGCAUCACCAACGGCUACCCAGCCUACGAGGGCAAGGUGCCCUACAUCGUUGGUCUGCUGUUCAGCGGCAACGGAAACUGGUGGUGCGGUGGCUCCAUCAUCGGCAACACCUGGGUCCUGACUGCUGCUCACUGCACCAACAAUGCCAAUGGAGUGACCAUCAACUACGGAGCCAGCAUACGCACCCAGCCCCAGUACACCCACUGGGUCGGCAGCGGAGACAUCAUCCAGCACCACCACUACAACAGCGGCAACCUGCACAACGACAUCUCCCUGAUCCGCACUCCCCACGUCGACUUCUGGAGCUUGGUCAACAAGGUUGAGCUGCCCAGCUACAACGACCGUUACCAGGACUACGCCAACUGGUGGGCUGUUGCCUCCGGAUGGGGUGGUACCUACGAUGGAAGCCCAUUGCCCGACUGGCUCCAGAGCGUGGACGUCCAGAUCAUGUCCCAUAGCGACUGCAGCCGCACCUGGUCUCUCCACGACAACAUGAUCUGCAUCAACACCGACGGAGGAAAGUCCACCUGCGGAGGUGACUCCGGUGGUCCCCUGGUCACACACGAGGGCAACCGCCUGGUCGGAGUGACCUCCUUUGGAUCCUCCGCUGGCUGCCAGGCUGGUCACCCAGCUGUCUUCAGCCGUGUCACCGGGUACCUGGACUGGAUCCGCGACAACACCGGCAUUUCCUACUAAGGAUCGAAUGGUUCAAUAAACGACUAAAGCAUACAAAAAA